UGCUACAGAAAAAACUUUGCAGGAAAUCGACCACCAGUAGGUUUGCGAGAUCCAAUGAACUUCAAAAUAAGAUACAUCUGUCAAAAAGAUUACCAAGAAAACGAUGAUGGAACCCACUAUGGAACAAUGUUCGACAAGCAAUUUGGAAUUCCAGUAUACUCGGCUUACACUCUCACCUGGAAAUAACGUAGACUUCAAAGAAUGGGCACGCCCAAAGUGGAAACAAACCGAAGGUUAAGAAAGUUGAUUUAUUACAUAGGGCUUGUUUUAAACCGAAGUGCUCUAUGCUAAAAAUCAGUUCAGUGUUUUUUUGAGCAGAUGGUGUAAUUUGGUAUAAAUUUGAUGUAGUUUAGCGCAGUUUGGUUUAGCUGGCGUCCAUAAAAGCAAUAUUACUUGUACUUGGUGUAGGUUGCCUUUUUCGGUCUCCUUGGUGUAGUUUGGUGCAGUUUGGUCUAGCCAGCGUCCACAACAGCAAUAUUUAUAUUCUUAGCAUUAGUAGUGGAUGUAUUUGACAUAAUUCAGUUUCCUUUUUAAGGCAUUGAGGAACAGGGAAGCGACGAGAUCUAUCCCAGCCUACCAUUUCACCGAGGGCACUUGGCACCUGCACGUACUUUAUCAAAUACGGGCCAUAGCGGUGCCGGCUUUCGAUCCACUUUCGUUUACACGAAUGCGGUGCCACAGCGACCAGCACUUAACAGUGGUCAGUGGUCUCAGUAUGAGAGAAGGAUACGCACCUAUGCCGUAAAUCAUUGUACUAAGAAUGAUGGAACUUUAUAUCUCUUAACUGGAAGCUCAUUUGUGCAUUGGAUUCCACAUACAGACCAAUUUAAGGCCAAUAAGCCAAGCGAAGCACCUAAACUGGCUAAUGAAGAUCUUCCUCAAUUCCCAGCCAUAACAGUCCCCACUUCCCUGUGGACUGCUGGCUGCUGUGUCAGAGGUGGUGAAGCUGUGGGGAAUUUUGCGGUAUUUGGAAACAACGCAGAAAAUCCAAGUGACCUAUACACUGGUCCAAUGUCUAUGGAUACUUUGCAACGGGCAUUAACAACAGAUAAAGUGAGGGGCGAAACAGAGGAUGAAGUCAACUUGUUUCCAGCAUUCCCAGGAUGUAUG